AUGGCCUCCAACACCCAGAACGUCGUCCGUUACUCGGCGCUCCUCGCUGGCCUCGCGUACGGCUUCUUCCACAACCGGACCGUCCAGAAGGAGGGUGCUGAGGCUGCGGUCGCACACGCCCAGGCCCGCCGGGAACAACUCAUCGCGGACGCCAAGAAGGCGUGGAUCGCGAAGAAGAACACGCCCAAGAGCGACCUCAUCACCGACCCCGAGGACCCCAAGUUCGACCUCGAGAAGGUUAUGAUGUCGUGGGACAAGAGCGCAUAA